CCUCUCAGUCACUAGUACUGCUAGUACCACUACUGUUAACUAUAGCAGGAAUGUCUCGCCUCGUACGACCUCGAAUAACGCUACUACGGGUACUGUGACAACUAUCAGUUACCACAACUACUAGAGCAGAGGGGCGUUGUGCGUGCAACAUAUGCAACCCCCACGCUUAGAAUAACCACUUCAUUUCCCCAAUGGCGUUAUAGUACAGCUGGGGCGGAGCAAGGUCAGUAUGUAUAUUGGCAUUGACCUCUCACCUCGACACAUUGCCAGCGCAUCUCCUCAGCAAGCCUUCCCUUCGCACAAGCUGCAAUGGGACUUUGGACGCCCUUCUCCUCUAAUCGUAAACCAUGGGGGCUUAAAUGGCGAUCUUCCGUUUGGUUCAUCACUACAAUCGUUGGAUUCGGCAUUACCACGGAUUUGUUGGUUUACUCCGUCAUCAUCCCGGUCCUACCAUUCCAACUCGAACGUUUGGGUGACCAUAAGGUCUCGUCCCUCACUGGAUGGUUACUUUGUGCUUAUUCCGCCGGGCUGGUUGUUUCAACAAUUCCUAUUGCCAUGUACUCUGAGCGAUACGCGAUGAGACGAAUCCCGUUGAUCUUCGGCCUCAUUGCGCUCAUCGCUUCUCAAGUUAUGUUCAUGGAAGCUCCUAAUUACGCAGUCAUGGCUAUCGCUCGUGUGUUGCAAGGAAUUAGCUCUUCCAUGGUGUGGAUUGUAGGCCUGGCACUUUUGUGUGAUACCACGCCGGAGAGAAACGUUGGCCGUCAAUUGGGUAUCGCAAUGACUGGCCUAUCCGUUGGUCUUCUGGUUGGUUCACCCGCCGGCGGUGUCUUGUAUACUCGCUUCGGCUUCCGCGCCCCAUUCAUCUUCGGGGAGAUAUGUGCAUUCGUCGAUCUUCUCCUUCGGUUUCUUCUCAUCGAAAGGGAUGUCGCAUUGAAAUGGGGCUAUGACCCAUCAGAACCCACAGCCUCAGUCUUGAUGGACGCGCCGGACAUAUCUUCUGUACCUGAUAUCCAGCUAUCCACUCUCCCGACUGUUCACACACGAGGAAACCCUGAAACGGAAUAUAAUAGAGACCUGUCGAUACCUUUGGACAAGUCCAAACUACCCAAUGAACCAACGACAACCUCUCGAAAAUCGGUCCUUGACUCGUCUCCGACACCAACACCAUUACUCUCAGUGAUCAUCAACUUAGCGCAAUCACCUCGAGCGUUGGUUGCUUUAACCAUGACGUUCGUGUAUGGAGUUGUAAAUAGCAUGCAAGAGCCCUCCCUUCCGCUUCAUCUCCAAUCUGUAUGGAAUUUCAAUUCGAACCAGGUGGGCAUUGUCUACCUGGCAGCAGUCGUGCCAGCCUUGAUCUCGUCACCAUUAGCAGGUUAUUUUGUUGAUCAGAAGGGUUCGGACUACAUAACGUCCAUAUGUCUGGUCCUUGCACUGCCGUGGUGGAUUGUUAUGACCCUACGACAGUCGUUGCCACUAUUUAUCUUUGCUCUCGCCGCUCAGAGUUUCUUCGUCUCUGGUGUCGUUGCGCCAGUGACGGCUGAACUUGCUGGCGUGUCUCGAACUAUGGCAGGCGUUGGCUAUGCUCACGUUUAUGGCGCAUUUAAUCUUGCGUUCGGGAUUGGUACCGCGGUGGGUCCCGUGAUCGGAGGACAGAUAUAUGACCAUGCGAAACAUGGGUGGACUGCCGUUUGUUGCAUUACCGCGGCGCUCAUCGUCAUUUGCAUCACCCUCGCGUUUUGCUAUACCGGUGCUGAUCCUUUACUUGCCAAGGUCCUACGUCAUCAUUACCCACUCGAUCCGAUAGGAAAGAAGCAGGACGAAGAAUCUAGCAGCGACGAAAAUACCAGCCGGACCUGUAUUGUCGCCAGAGACCAGUGAUUGUGCAUUGCGUUGACGUGGACGAUUUUACAUUAUAAGAUUCCCUACUUACUUGAAAGUUCAUGUGUAUCAUACAUACUUAGCAUAUGCCAACGGACAAUAGGGAACACUCUUCUAAUGUCAAAACUCUUCCCGCGCACAAGCUAGCUUGGCCUAGCUUAGAUUAGGAGCGGUUGCAAUUUGUACCUGCUUGUCACAC